CUCCCCACCUUCACGGGCCUGCCCGCCCUCCUCUGAACUAACCACCUCCAACAAGUUUGACAGCUCAGCUUUUCUCCGCGUCUCCUGCAGCAGCAGCAGCAGCAGCAGUCUCUCCUUCUCUGGACUUUUCUUCGUCCCUCGCGCUCAGCUUUGAUCUUUUGCGUCGGCAUGUGUGCGUCUCGCGUCUCCUGCUGGAUAUGAGGAGUUGCAUGUGUCCCUAGGUGUUGGUCACUUUUCCCUGUUGGAUUUUUUUGGGGGAGGUUUUGACGUCGGUUUAGUUUUAUAUAAUAAUUUUUUUAAAUAAUCUGUUGAAGCGAGUGGACCUAAGUGAAACAUGUCGCGGAGCGUGGACGAGGUGAACAAGCUCACCGAGAGCACAUACAAGAGUGUGAUGGACCAGUUCAAUCCAGGACUGAGGAAUCUGGUCAACCUGGGAAAGAACUAUGAGAAAGCAGUGGCUGCAAUGAUCCUGGCGGGAAAGUUGUAUUUUGAUGCAAUGUCUAAGAUUGGGGAGAAUGCUGCAGUGUCUCCCGUCUCCAGAGAAUUAGGUGUUGUGCUCAUGGACAUCUCAGAGGUCCACAGAAAGGUUCAUAUUGAGCUGGAAGAAAAUUUUAAGAGGUUCCACAGGGAGAUAAUAUCCGAGCUGGAGAGAAAGACUGACAUGGAUGUGAAAUACAUGACAGCCACGUUCAAGAGGUACCAGAUUGAGCACAAGAUGAAGCAGGAGUCUCUGGAGAGAUCCCAGUCGGACCUGAAGAAGCUGAGGAGGAAGAGCCAAGGCAAGAACGCCAACAAGUACGAGAACAAGGAGAGCGAGUGCCUGGAGACGUUGACCAGCCGUCAGAUGGACAUCCAGCUGUUCAUCGCAGACGGCUGUAAGGAGGCUCUGCUGGAGGAGAAGAGACGCUUCUGUUUCCUGGUGGACAAACACUGCAUCUUCUCCUACCAGUUUGCGUCCUUCCACGAGAAGGCCAGAGACAUGCUGACGGCGAAGCUAAACAGCUGGCAGGACCAGUGCAACGACGCCGCCGACAUGCCCGACAGCAUCACGACCAUGAUCGAGGGCCUGCGCACGCCCAUCACCAUCACCCCGCUGCCCUCUCCCUCCCCGUCCCGGCACAGCAUGCAGAACACGUCCACUCCUCCGGCCCCGCCGCUGAAGGCUCACACCAGUCCUCUGGCUAACAUGUUCACCCAGGAGAACCACACUGCCACGGUCACCAGCACCACCAACAACAGCAUAGACCACGGGAGCAGCGAGGAGAACAAUCUGGCGAGGUGCGUGUCCGUCGCCACCGGCCUCAACAAUAUCGUGAAGAGGCCGCGGGUGCGCACCAUCUUCCCCCACAAUGCCGGCAACAACAACACGCUGCUCGGCUUCGAAGAGGGAGACGUCAUCGCCCUGCUCAUCCCCGACGAGAGAGACGGCUGGAUGUACGGCGAGCUGGAGAAGAGUGCAAAGAGGGGCUGGUUCCCUUCGUCCUACUGCCAGGCGCUCUCCGAGCCUCUCGCGAAUAACAACAGCGUGUCUGGGGUCCCGCACCGCAGUAGAAGUGUGGUCAACCUCCACCAUCAGGACACGGAGACCGACGAGGCGACCAUGGUGCUCCCCCCGGCGGACUACAGCGGCGUCUCGCGGCGCACCGCCGUCAAGAACACCGCAAACUACAACCACCAGCAUUCCCCAACGCCCUCUGCGGCCUCCUCCUCCUCGUCCGAUCCCCACACGGCUAACGGCACCUCCAGACCUCAGGCUGCUUACCUGGCGGGAGGGAACCCGUUCUCCACAGUCCGGCUACGUCCAACGGUCACCAACGACCGCUCCGCGCCGGCCGUCUGACCGCUCCACAACUUCCUGUCCGCCUUCCUGCAUCAUCUGACGGGGACGUGUCGCUCCGCGCUGCCUUCACUGGUCUGGAACCAGACGGGACUCGGCCAGCACCGACACAAAACAAUGCCAUUGGAAUCUGGGAUCCCCUCACUGCUACUCUCACUUUGAAGUAUUUUGGGACCGUUUUAUUUUCCAAAACAGAUGCUCACAUAUUUAAGAUAUGAUAUAUAUUUUGUCUGUCGUCCCUGUUUGUGGUAGCGAUGUUGGAAGGACCACGUGCUGACCGACGCUUGAGAAAUGGAUGAAAGCGGUCAGAGGAAAGACUGCGACGUACUAAUGCUGUUGAUGUUGCUUGUCCAUUGACUGUUGCCAUAGCAGCAGGACGUACUUCACAUGUUGCAUCUUAGUGGCGAUGCUUUGAUGUUGACUGUUGCCGCGAGGACAGAAAUCCCUCUGAAAAUCUUCCACCCCUCUUGUAUAUAUACAUUUGUACAACAGUCCUUUGCCAUCUAGACAGGACUUUCGCCUUAAUAAAACAAACGGAACUUCUGUAAAGAAAUAUCAGUUCACUGUUGUGUCCUUCAAAUGGUGGACGGUCACCUCGUCUUCACAUCGGCAGUGCAGUCCUUUCUGCUUUAAUCAUUGCACAUGUAGUUUUAAGACCAGUCUGUCGACUUGUUUUUGACCCACAUUACAAUCUUAAUAGAAUUUGCUGUAUGAAAAAUAAAGAUGUAUUUCUUCAA